AGAAGGCUACCACUCCCUUAUCCUACUCUGUACUGUAUUUUCUUUCCUAUUCCGGCCUAAAAUCAUUCCGCUACGGUUGCCGUACUCCGCCUCAAUUAAAAAACCACCCGCCGUCGUCUCGCCGGAGCCCCGAACCCCCCGACCAAUCAAGCGAUUGCGAUCUUCUCCGAUGAAAUUGGCGGUGAAAGUUCCGAUGACGUGUCUGCAUUGGUCACAGCCGUCAAUAGCCAAAUUCCCGGCACUCCCGCGCCGCUUAGAGCUCGCCCACGGCGGCGGUCUUCUCCGGCAGGCUUCCGGUUAUAAUCCGGCGAAACGCGGGACCGCCAGCAUACGCGCGUGCAGCAUCAGCUUGGAUUUGUCCGGCGCAAUGGAGCCGCGGCGGCGCGACGGGUUUCUCCGGGAGGCAGGGGAGGCGGCGUACUGCUCCGUGAAGAGGGCGUUCGCGAACACGGUGCUCAUAAUCCGGGAGCUCCAUAGCUACACGCUGCAGAUGAGGAAGGAGACGAUGCUUUACAAGGAGGACUUGGAGGGCAUUUUGGUCAGAGUUCACCGGGAGAUCCACGCCUCCUUCGUCUGGCUUUUCCAGCAAGUCUUCUCCCACACCCCUGCUCUAAUGGUGUCUGUCAUGAUUCUCCUCGCCAACUACAGCGUCCAUUCCAUGGCUUCUGCUCCUGCCGCCGUUCCUCCUCGGGCUCCGGCGGUUUUUGCGUCGGAAGAGGAACAGAGUCGCCGGAACCAAAAUUUUGAUUCUUUAGGUGUUAAGACCUCCUUCUGGUCCUCUUCUAAUGGGAGGAGCGCUUCUAUUGGCGGCGGCAGUGGCGGCGGCGGUAAAUACCCGCUUACUACCAGUGGCAUAGACGGUGGUGGGGACGAAGAAGGUCGGGCACUCGAGGAAGUGUUUGGUUUUGGCCAAGCCAUACUCGAAGAAGAGUCGAGGUUGUGGAAGUCGAUUCAGGAAGAGGCUGCAAGAAUGCAGGGUUCGGGCGUCGAGAGGAUGCCCGGAUUCGUGUGCCCGAUUGAUGCGAAAAUUAGCGUUGAAUCAUCCGAGGAGGAGGAUUGUUAUGCCCAAACAGAACUUGGGUAUAAAAUGGGGCUUGCCCAAGAACCAAACAACGCUCUCCUGCUUGCAAACUAUGCCCAGUUCCUGUUCAUGGUCGCCCAGGAUUAUGACAGAGCGGAGGAAUAUUUCAAGAGAGCGGCGGCGGCGGAGCCAAAGGACGCGGAGGCAUUGAACAAAUACGCGACUUUCCUGUGGCGGGCGAGAAGCGACCUCUGGGCGGCGGAGCAGACCUACCAGGCGGCCGUCGACGCCGAGCCAAAUAACCCCUUCUACGCCGCCAACUACGCCCAUUUUCUCUGGAACACCGGCGGCGACGACACCUGCUUCCUUCUCGACGGUGAUGACGACGUCGUUUAAUCGUGUAUUUAUUUACAUGUAAUUAACAUUAACAAUAAUU